AACAAAUCUUCCAACAUGGUGUCUGACAUACAGCUGAGAAUCGAAGGUCGUGAAUUUGCUUGCGGUAUAUCUGUCUUUAUUUGAAGUUGAUUAUAUAUUGUGUACGUGCUCGGAAACAAGAGUAUUUCUGCAGAGCUCAUUGCUAAGAAGUUUCCAACUUCAACAGUGGCUAUCCCACCUAGAAAAGCAGGGAGCUGGUUCCAGAUUGAAGGACAGGCAUUGUCAGAAAGUGGUACUCUCCCUCCAGCAUUAAUGACUGUGAGUCAAACAACGGCCUCUGUAAGGCCAAUGAUGAUGGAUACAGCCUUAUCAGGACAGUGCGAGAUGUAUGAACAACCCAUCUCAAUGGACCAUACCCUGCCCUCCGAAAGUUUUGUUCAGGAAUUGUCAUAUGCUCCCAGUCCUGAUUCGUUGUAUAUGUAUGACCAGGACAGACAGACAGAGAGCUUCAUGAAUACCUGUGGCCCUCAGGAUAUGUCUGUGUUAUCGGGCUGCUUCCUGCCGGGUGAACAACAAGAGCUGAAGCAGCAACUAGAGAAUGACAUAAUGGCCAGUUCCGUGGGCACAGGCCUCCAGGCUGUUAGCAUGACAGAGUUCUGUGAUAUGAACUGGGAUGAUAAAGACAUCGAAUUUGUCAACAUGGAAGAUGUAUUCCAAGACAGGACUGAUGCCAGCCAAGGCCCUACCCUUACACAACUAAAUUCCUUUGUGGACGACAAACAGUUACCCAAAUCCAGACUCAGCAAAUCAGCUUCCUCAUCUGCGGCUGCCUCCACAAGUGAGGAUUGGGUCCUCGGAUCCAUGGCGUUGGAGGAUUGGGAGUCAAAGGAGAACACUUCCUGUACAACCAUGUCUACAACUGUACCUAGGUUCUCCACCUUGUCUACAUCCACAAACUGGACUGAGAAUUCACAGCAACAGACUCCCUCCACUUCAGAUGACUCUUAUCCCACCCGUCCCAUGCACACGUUUGCCACGCUCUCCACAGUGAAGGAAGAGCCGGGACAGAGAGAGUGUGUACAUAGUCAGAUGCGUAGGUACCAGAAGUUAUUAGACAGACGUGUACCUGCCCAUGAAACCUCGUUACAUAAGCUCCUAUUACAGGGGCGAAUACCCAUUAAGACUGAGAACCCUAGUAUCAGCCCACCCGUAUCUCCUUCCAAACGCACAGUCACUGCUUCCUUGAGCAAAUCCCAGGCCCCGGGAGAGCAGAGUUCUCAUAGCGUGGAUCAGAAGUGGGAAGAAAUUAAACAGUUUCUGCAUGCUUCAGCCGAUUCAUCACUACGGAUUAAAAGAGAACAAUCAGAUUCAAGCAGUCAAGAGACAAAAGAUUAUGGGAGUGAUGACAGUGAUGGAGAUGAGGAAUGGGAUUGUCAUUCAGAUCAAGAUUCCAGUGAUAGUGAAAACUCAUUAAUUACCUCACCUGGAUCAAGCAAAUCAAAAGAAAAACAGUACUUCUGGCAGUAUAAUGUCCAGUCCAAAGGCCCCAAGGGAAAAAAACUGUGUUUGUCUCUGGAUACUGUUGACCCCCAUGUGUUGCACAAUUUUGAGGACCCUGUGUUCGACCCUGAGUACAGGGUACCGGGUAUCACCCACGGGGGCAAAGCUCGCAGAGGGGACGGAAACAAUGUGUAUCCCAACCCCAAGAAACUGUGCCAGAUUGGCAAUGAACUGAAAAAGUUAAACAAGCUUAUUAAUGACUAUGGACCUCUCAAUGACCUGCCAUCAGCAGUUCGGGCAAAAUCCAGGAAAGAGAAAAACAAGUUGGCAUCAAGAGCUUGCAGACUUAAAAAGAAGGCACAACAUGAAGCCAACAAAGUGAAACUGAUGGGUCUGGAACAAGAGCAUAGUCAUCUGAUGGAGGUGCUAUCACUGAUGAAGGCAGAAAUUGUCAAAAGAGUGAACAGUGCAGAGGAUGAUGACAAAGACAGUCUGACCACCAAACUGGAGAACUACAUUCAGACACGAUUAAAGAUGAUGAUAGCUGGCAACACAACAGAGUUUGUCAACAACGUGAUUAAGCAGGUCAACUGUGGUGAUCUUAAAGGAGCCUUGAACAUGCUGUAGUUUGACAGGACUGUUUACAGCCAGAACUUGUGCUCUGAUGCCUAUGGUUUUAGUGCUACUCACAGUAAAAUGUGUAUCCUUAUAUGCCCCAUAUUGUAUCGUUUGGAUGUAAACCUAAACAUUGUUGCUAUCUUAUUUUUCCCAUCCUUCGAAGCAUUUUACAAUGCUGUUGCAAAAUUUGCAUCAGGUGUUGCUUAAGCUACGACUAUUUGGUAAAAUGUGCCUCACAUAUCCAUGGCAUUAUAUGGAUAGAUUAGGUUAGAAAUACGAUGGUAUUUGUUCCAAGACCUACCAGGUAUAUGUGUUGUGAAGGUACAUCUCUGAGCCAUAUAAAUUCUAUGUGCAAACGUAAAUACCUAGUCAACAACGCUGUAUGAACACUACCUGUAUGUAGAUGUUAUUUUACUGUUGUCUUUGUAACUUGAUCGUUAGCUAAAAAAUGUAGAUGCUAUAAAGUGUUAAUAUGGUUACAUUUGACCUGAUAACAUAAAUAUAUCAUAUAUCCAGAAAUUAGACAUUUGUGAAACUCAUUUUCUAAGUAAUAAGCAUAUUAUUUUGCAUGUACUAAUGCACUUGUUCAUGUGAUGAUACGUGAAGUGUAUGGAAGAUGACUGUGUUGUGUACACGUACAGUGUAGUUUGUGAUAUGAUGAAGGGCAGCUUUAGAUUAGAAUUGUCAGGUGAAAAUUAGGUGAGGCCUGCGGUUAAGCUCAGGGAAGGUUUAUGUGAAAUUGGUGCUCAACUACAUUGUAUGGAAUUCAGUAUGGGUUUACACUGUUCAGUGGGGAAAUAUUGUUGGAGUAAUGGUUUAUUUAACCAAGGUGUGGUGAUAAAGUAAAAUUAAGAUUUAGUAAUAGAAGUCAAGUAAUGACAGUCAAAGACUUCCACAUGGCUGUAAACGUGCCCAAGGCCCAAAACUGUUGACAAUUUUUGGUUUCAAAUUAUAUGUAAAUUCUGUUUUGAAUUGACACUUAAGCACAUGCCCAUCAGUAAAUAGCUGAAUGCAUUAGGGUCAUUGAAAUUUUUAAAAAAUUAUAGCAUCAUGCAUUUACCAAAGGAUUGUUCAGUGAAAACUGGGGUCUGUGAUACAGCCUGCUGUGGCGGCAUUCAGGAGAUUGCGAGAUUGGGGAUAAGAUGGAGAUAUAAGGGGAUACAUAUAAGCCAACUACGUGUACAUGUAAGUGUCAAAUGACUGUGAUAUGCCAUUGAUCUGGCAAGGGGAUGGAAUAAUAGAGUUCAGGUGUGUCAAUUUUUCGUCCUCUAGAAAUUUAGAAUUAUGGAAUACAACAGAAUAAUGCAAAAAAAAAAAAUACAUGUGAUAACGCUGUAUUACAAAGAUUUAUUUUAAUAUUCCACACAAAGAUGCAUUAUGUACAAUUGUCACUUACAUAUUGAAGAGUUGAUCUGAAGUUCAGUCGAUGUAAGACAUAUUAUCCUUGCUAAUUUACAGGUGUGUAGCAGAUAGAGGGCCUAUUAUAUUAAUGUAUUUUAUUCCAGUUCUGACAGAUAGCCUAUUAGUUAUAUUAGAAAUAAAAUUCCUGAAUUAUUAUUGUUUAACACCUUGUGUUAAUGCCAGUUGACAAUUUUUGUUCUGCCCGAAGUAAACAUUAUGCUCAUAUAGGCCAUCUUUGUGGUAUAGAGGUAAAGCAUGCACAUGUAGAUCCCCCUGUAUUGGUUGAUACAAUAUUAUAUAUUGAAUUUGAAUUAUUUGGGUUUAUUAUGUGGAUAUUACAUAUAUAUUUAUGAUAAGAAAUGAACGUUCACCUUUGUUGUCAUAAGUCAGUAGAAAUAUGUGUUAUGAUAUAGCUGGUCUGUAUCCUUUAUAAGAAUAAUCAAAGCUUUUGUUAGCAUUUGUAUUCGUAAAGUGCUCUUCAUUUUCCUCACACUGAAGCUCUAUGGAUUUGUGUGUUUGUUUCAAAAUUAAAAAAGUUAUAUAUUGUUAAGGAUUGUUGAAUAAAGUUGUAUCCACGCCUUGUGGAACUGGUAGAACUGGUAAAUGUUGUUUUAUAUUCUUCAUGAAAAUGUAUCUUGCACUGAAUUUUAUAAAUGUGAUGUGUUCAGAUUAUACCAUGUCACUUGACGCCUACUAAGCCUAUGCUGGAUUCCUAGUUUGUAUAUAGCUAAUCAUUCAUUAUUUCAGCAAAUCUAGUCAGUCACCACCCAAGUUGUUUAAGGUGAAUAUGAAUUGUGUUCUUUAUGUGCCUAUCAUUCAUACAUUAUGAAAGACAAAUGUUCGGAUUGUAUUAAUUGCACGUUUGACAAUUAAUUAUAUUUUAGACUAGGGUUAACACUUUGGCUCAGGGAUGCUUGUGUAAAGCCUUGUAAGACAGCAUGACGAUUCAUGCAUGAUGUGACCUCAGGUUAGGGUGAAAUGCCUUAUGGAUGGAUUAUCUCCCCUGUCAGUUUAUGGCACAAGGGAUAGGACAUGAUAUGAAAAAGUAUUCUCUCUAAACACGACUCUGUACCACAGGUACAAGUAACUAACAAAAUUAAAAAUCUACAACCAAUACACAAGCUGUGUAACUCAAGGACAUGAAAGUGUAGAUGUUCAGUUGUGUUUCUUUUGUGUAUCUGUGGUACACAGUAGUUUUUAGAGUGUAAUUUGGCAGUUUGAUUUUAGGUCUGCUCUUUCGCCAACAUUCUCACCUGUAGUUAAGUGUAUCAGGAUAUUUCAUCUGUGUCAUUAUUGGGAUCUGACUUUAGAGAAAGAAUUUCUACUGUGUACAUACAUAUUUAUUCCUUCACUUGCAAUUGGAUAUUAUUUUGGUUGUAGAGAUCUUAAUGUUGUCAUAAACUACAUCAUCUUUCCUGUGUGCUCUGUAUCCUAUGAACAUGUACAUUGGAGAGGUAUCAGUUCUGUGUCACUGUUGUACCUGUUUUCACAUUUCGAUUUCUUAUUAGUGUGAACAAGAACUCAUGUAUAAAGUAUUCUGUAGUUUCCUUUGCGUGCACAUGUUUGAAAAUGUUAUUGUUAAUGAUGAAAGAAGAUAUAUUCUAUGUUCCAUUGUCAGUUAUGGGUCUUAAAAUUGUCAGUUUAUGUAUAAUAUGAUACAAUCAGAAUAUUUGCAAUGUCUCAAGUUAAGAAUAUAUAGAUCAAGAUUGAUGUUUGAGUCAGGUUCCAUUGUUCUCUAGUAUGGCUGUUCACAUUGUGGACCUUCCCUGCAUAUAAAUCUCAUUGCCUUAUUGACAUUGAAAGAUAUAUAUCUAAAUGUGAUGAAAACAGGGGCUUGAGUAGGCCGUUUGUACACUGUUAGUGGAGCCAGUCCCAUCUAAGUGCCGAAUCAUAUAAGUGUAUAUGAUGUAAAAACAAGAUUUUCUACAACUACGUACACAAAAAAAGUAAAAUAUAUACAUUUGGCUUGAUGGUUCUUGAAAACAUUACAAGAUGACUUUGCAGUGCUUUACAUAUUAAAUUCAGCUUCACCUGUGAAAUAUACCAGGGUUGAAAAAGAUUGAAGCAGUUAGCCUUGUGCAUAACAGACUUGGCACCAUUUGUAACUGUGUUAUAUUAGACUCCACUGAUUCAUGAACACCCACAAGUUACAAGUUUUAUGUAAGACAAUAAUUCAUUUGUUUGGUUCUAUUGGCAAUCAAAGAUUAGGGAGUGUUGAAAAUUCUGUUGAUAGCUGCAGUAAUUUUACCUGUGUGGCGAUGUGAUCCUAAUGGUUAAAUGUAUGGCCGUGUAAAUCUGCAUAUAGGGUAUACCUGUUCCGCUUUCUACCAAGUAUGACAAUUUUGAUGCAUGCUAGAAUAAAACAUUGUAUCCUAGAUGCAUCGAAUGACGUCCUUUGUGAGCUGAUACGAGGAACAGUUGCAGUGUGACCAUGCGAAGGGUUUACUAUAACAUGUUUAAGGAGCCUACAUACCUACUUGUGGAGCUACCGCACACUUGGCAUGUAUUUACGGAGAAUAAUCUGACAUCGGAGACCUAAAUUUGAGAAAAUCAAGACAGUAUUUCUUAAUUGUAAAUAUGUUUGCGCAAAUUCACAGCAAAAGACAUAUCUAUAUUUUGAGGUUUGAUAAAUAUAUGUCUAUGUGUAUAUAUACAUAUAUAUAUAUAUGCAUAAUUUUAAUAAGUUCAUGACUCGGGCUGUGCUUUACAAGUGGAUUGUUAACGAUCUACAUGAAGGUUAAAUAAUUAACAUAUGAUCUUAAAUGUGCUGACGGGUAUGGUAGUGGGAGUUCACAAACGAUAAUAUAGGUCAAAUACUUUGGCUAUGCAGUUUUUGCCAGCUACAUCAGACACCACUAGGAUUAUACACCAUAUGACUAUUUAUGUAUUUUUAUUACUUUGUGUAGAAUACAUGUAUUGUAUACAUACAGUUAUUGGUAUGACCAGACUCUGAUACUGUAUAAGCAGUUAUCCAGACUUGAUCGGCACUGGAUUGACUGUAUUAUUGAAUUGAUUGCCUUUUGUAACUCUCUAUUGUGUGGAGGACCUUCUAGGAAACGUCAGCACUGUUGUUUUGUCAUAAUGCUGAUAAAGUUCAUAUGGUGCUGUUGUCUGCCGUUUUCCAUAUGUUUAGUCACACUGAUUGGCUUUUGUAACUGAUUUUGACAGGUAUUCUGCGCUAACUUUUGCUAGAAAAAUGUUUUGUAAGUAUUGAUGGUUUUUAACAUAACCAAAAUUUGAAAAACUGGGAAGGACAAAACUGUUCCUUUUUACUUGUCUUACUAUUCCGCUGUCGUUCUUGAAUCAGUGUCCCCUUGCUUUUUCUGUGUUGGUCAAGAUUACUUGGAAAUUGUAUCGUUUGUAGACUUGAUAUUUAUUUAGCCAUCACGUAUAUAAACACAUUUGUCAACAGCUAGCGUUAGAGACAUGGUAUAACCUAUAAAAUAAAUACGAACUGGUUGAGGACACUCUUAUGGUUUGAAGUCAGUAGAUUUUGUGCAUGUAUGCACUGUAAGGGAUAAACUACAAAUGUUAUUUGUAUACCAUAUGAUUAACAAUAUGGGCUUCCAUGAUUUCAUAUGUUUCUAUACUUGCAAGCUGUGACUUGAUGGUAACUGGUCUUGUUUUAUCUGGGUUUGCAUGCAUGCUGUACACAUUCUUUAUCUUAGUAUA